GUUGGAUGAUUAAACAGCAGUUCUCGUUUAAUGCUGCUUCGCUGUACAGAAUAUAUAACGUUAUAUGAAGACUGCGCGUUUAAUUUCAAACAGCAUUUUAAUUUUCAGCGGGAUUUUUAAGAGCGCAGAUUGAGCUGCGUAAAAACCAAACCAGCCCGGCGGUGUUGUGUGAUCGCUCCCCCCAGGUUCAGUUCUGUUAUUAUCGGGAUACCGCUGAACGGAGCAAGAUCUGCGAAAAAAAAAAAAAAAGCCGGUCCGAACCCGGAAUCGGGAGCUUCUAUUAUUUCUUUCAAUUUGGGGGAGAAAAAAAAAAAAAAACCCUUGGAUAUUAUUUUUAUUUUGACGCUGUGAAAUAAGAAACGGAUCAAAAACAAAGGGAACAUAAUCGGGAGGAAAAACAAAAAACCGCAUCGCUUUUGCAGGAGCCCUUUCCGCGUCUGCAGCAGCACGCCGGUAUAGAGAGCACCCAAGCCCCAUCUCAGGAGUACCUGUACCUCAGGACCCCCGGAGUCUCUGCACCAAUCAGGGGGGCUCUUCCAAGAGAUGAGCGGGGUCUGUGUGCCACUGGGCGUGGCCCUGCUUUUGGGGGUGCUGACUGGGGGGUCCUGGGGUCUGGACUGGGACCCUGUCCCCCGCAAGACCGUCCUAUGCAACAGUUUGAAAGGGGUUCGUCGGUUCUCCAGUCCCAAUGUGUUUAACUACACCACCCUGACUCUGGAUGAGGUCUCGGGGUUCCUGUAUGUCGGGGCGCGAGAGGCGGCCUUCGCCCUCGACAUGAACAACAUAGAGCUGGAACGCAAACCCUCGAUUGUGUGGGACGCCCCGGCUGAUAAGAAGACUGAGUGCAUCUCGAAGGGGAAGAACAACCAGACAGAGUGUUUUAAUCACAUCCGGUUCCUGCAGAACUUCAACCGGACCCACAUGUACGGCUGCGGAACCUACGCCUUCCAGCCCAAAUGCGCCUACAUUGACACGUCCCGCUUCACUCUGGAGCUCUCCUCGAUGGAGGAUGGAAAGGGGAAGUGUCCCUACGAUCCAGCCAAGGGCCACACUGGUCUCAUUGUGGAUGGGGAGCUGUACUCCGCCACACUCAAUAACUUCCUGGGGACGGAGCCGGUGGUCCUGAGGAAUGUGGGGGGACACUACUCCAUGAAGACAGAGUACCUGCCGUCCUGGCUCAACGAGCCCGAUUUCGUGGGCUCCUCCUUUGUCCCGGAGAGUGUGGACAGUCCGAUCGGAGAUGAUGAUAAGAUCUACUUCUUCUUCAGCGAACGUGCCGUCGAGCUGGACUGCGACAGUGAUCUGGUGGUGACGAGAGUCGCGCGCGUCUGCAAGGGCGAUGUCGGAGGGGCCCGCACUCUUCAGAAGAAGUGGACCUCGUUCCUGAAGGCUCGGGUCCUGUGCUCCCUCCCGGAGAGGCAGGUCCACUUCAACAGGCUGCAGGCCGUGUUCACACUGGGGCUGGCCGAGGGCUGGCAGCAUAGCUCCUUCUACGCGGUGUUCAGAGCGCAGUGGGGUGAUGUGGAUGUCUCCGCUGUGUGUCAGUACCACAUCAAUGACAUCAAGAAGGUUUUCGACGGCCCCUAUAAGGAGUACCGUGAGCCGGCACAGAAGUGGGGGCGCUAUACCAACCAGGUGCCAGUCCCUCGGCCUGGAGCGUGCAUCACUAACUGGCACCGAGAGGCCGGGUUCAACAGCUCCCUGCAGCUUCCUGACAACACGCUGAACUUCGCCAAGAAACACCCGCUGAUGGACGACAAGGUGAGUGCGCGCCCCCUGCUGGUCAAGAAGAGCGUCAACUUCACUCAGAUCGCUGUGGACCGCGUCUCCGCCAUCGACCACCGCCACUACGACGUGCUGUUCAUUGGGACAGCGGAGGGCUGGCUGUACAAGGCAGUGAGUCUGGGUUCAGAGGUCCAUGUGAUUGAGGAGCUGCAGCUGUUUGAGGAGCCGCAGCCAGUGGAGAGCCUCGCCAUCUCCCACAAAGAGAAGCUGCUCUAUGUGGGCUCUCGUUCCGAGGUGCUGCAGCUGCCCCUGGCUGACUGUGGGAAGUAUCGCUCCUCUUCGGACUGCGUGCUGUCCCGGGACCCCUACUGCGCCUGGGACAGGGAGGGCAAGAGCUGCGUCCGGACAGACAAGCAUCCCAGCCUCUCCUCCCUUGAUCAGGACAUCCUACAGGAAGGGUUCAAGGUGCAGGCGUGGGCUAAAUUCGAACAGAGUCCCAUCCCAAACUCGGACAGCGCCAAGCCGAAGAACGUGACGGUGGUGUUGGGCUCGGACCUGGUCCUGCCCUGCCGGCUGAUCUCGAACCUGGCCCGGCCCCUGUGGCUCUUCAACGACCUCCAGCUGGUCCCGGGGCAGGGCGUCCGGGUCGAGUUCCGACUGGGGGCCCUGGUGAUCGAGGGCGCGGGUGCGGGGGAGGCGGGGCGCUACACCUGCUUGUCCCAGGAGAGGGGGGAGCGCUUCCUGGCCGAGCGCUACGUGGUCUCCGUGGUGGCCAGCGCCCCCGUGUUCAUGGAGCCGCGUGCGCCGGACGGGAGCUUGAGGCUGGUGUGGGUGCUGGUGAUCACUCUGGCCUCCGUCUGCCUCCUGCUGCUGGGCUCCGUGCUUUACCUGCGCAGGAGGCUGAAGCAGGGCAAGGGCUCGGAGCUCAUGAAGCCCCUGGAGAGCACGCUGGUCUACCCCAUCAGCCUGCCAAGGGAGCCCACCCACUUCGUAGCCAGCAAAGGGUCAGACUCGGAGCUGUGGGACAACAGCAGCUAUUAUUACUCGGACGGCUCCUUGAAGAUCGUUCCCGGCCACGCCCCCUGUCCCAGCGCAACCCCGGGCAGCGGGAUCCCCGGCCAGCCCCUCCCCAGCACUGCGGCCGUGAACUCCCCCAACCGGCUCAGCCUGGGCAACAUCAGGGUCUCCGGCAGCAAUGGCUACAUCCGGCUGAACCUGAGCAGCGGAGGGGAGGAGCGGGCGGAAUUCAGCUCUCCCUUCACGGAGGAGCUGCGGAAGACGCUGAAGCAGAGGAGCGUGCUGCCCGACACCAACCCAGAGGAGUCUUCAGUGUAGCCCCUCCCUCCCUCCCUCCUCUCUCUCUCUCUCUCUCCCUCUCCGUGCGAGAGGGACGCAGGCGCCUUGCCUCCCUCGCUCACAUCACUGCUGCCUCUGCUGCUUUUUCUGCUUUUUUGGUU